GGUCUGUCCGUGCACUGGAAGCCUGGGUGGAGAACCUCUACACUGUGUCCUUUCAGCAAGCUCUAAUCUUAAGGGUGGUGCUCAUGUCACUCAAGAUUCACUGGCCAAUCAAACCCUUGAGGCGGACCUGCCAGUCAGAAGAGGAGGCGGGUUCUUCUGGGUGCCAUGCGGCAGGCUUGAAUGGUCUGGUGUGCUGUGAUCUCUGUCCUGCGGCUGAAUGCUGUGAAGUGUGCCCUGGCAAGCUCUGAAGCUGCGACAUGUAUCAUGGUUUCUAUUCUACCCAUGUAUGGGAUAUUUUAGGAUGCAGUGACCCAUGAUGAUGUGUAUUUGAACUUCACUCAAGAAGAAUGGGUUUUGCUGGAUCCUUCACAGAAGAAUCUCUACAAAGAUGUGAUGCUGGAGACCUAUAGGAAUCUCAGUGCUAUAGGCUACUAUUGGGAAGGCCAUAAUAUUGAAGAACAUUGUCAAAGUUCCAGAAGUCAUGGAAGGCAUGAAAGGAGUCAUCCUGGAGAGAAACCCUCUGAAUACACUCAUUGUGGUAAAGCUUUGGCAUAUCAGAGUCAUCCUCAAAGGCGUGAAAGAAUUCAUACUGGAGAGAAGCCCUAUGAAGGGAUUCAGUAUGAUGAAGCCUUUGUACAUCACAGUAGUCUCCAAAUACAUAAAGAAACGCACACUGAAGAGAACUCUUAUGAAUGUAACCAGUGUGGUAAAAUCUUUGCACGUCGUUGUAAUCUUCGAACACAUAAAACAAUACACACUGGAAAGAAACCCUACAAAUGCGAUCAGUGUGGUAAAGCCUUUGCACGAAAAAGUCAUCUCAAAACGCAUGGAAUAACACAUUCUGAAGAGAAACCUUACAGAUGUGAUCAAUGUGGUAAAGCCUUUGCAUAUCAUAGUUAUCUCCAAGUACAUAAAAGAAUGCAUACUGGAGAGAGACCUUACAAAUGUGAUCAGUGUGGUAAAGCCUUUGGACAUAGUUGUCAUCUCCAAGUACAUAGAAGAAUACAUACUGGAGAGAAGCCCUAUGAGUGUAAUCAGUGUGCUAAAGCCUUUGUAGGUCUGAGUGAUCUUAAAAAACAUGAAAGAACUCACACUGGAGAGAAGCCUUACAAAUGUAAUGAAUGCGGUAGAGCCUUUGUGUGUAACUCUGGUCUCCAAAUGCAUAAAGCAACACAUACUGGAAUGAAGCCUUAUGAAUGUAAGCACUGUAGUAAAUCCUUUGCCACUCAUAGGCACCUUUACAAUCAUGAAAGAACUCAUACUAGAGCAUGUAGGUUGAUGUCUAUAUGGAGGUGAGGGCUGGCACAAGUAAAGCCGAGGCCUAUAAUCCGACAGUGAGAAAGUGGGGCUGGUACAGAAUUUUGGUAAGUGGGGAGAGAGGAAAAAGAAGGGAAGAACCAAGAUGGAGGGCAGAGAAGGACGAUUCAGAUCCAUGUGGCCUUAAAUGGCCAUAGGUAGUUAAGAAUAUUUCUUAAGGGAUUUAUUAUAGGUCAAAUUGGUAUUAUGUAGUGGGCAGUUUAUAUCUUUAUCAAUUGUGAGUUUAUUGUGUGGAUGUAUUGUGGAUUGAGAAUUUAACAUAUAAACCUGAUUACUAAACUGUAA